UUAUGGUCAUUUCUUGAAACUAUACUAAUCAAUAAAUCUCUCUAUAUAUAUUUUCUAUUCUACCUACCAAAACUAACCAUAGAAAAACUAGAGAAAUUAGUAAAGGGUGUGAAGAAGAAGAUGAAGAAAACAGUGGUUGUGGUGAUGCUUUUAUUUCUUAUAUUUUCACAAAUGGAUACAGUUGUGCCUGAUGCUUCUGAUUGCUUAGAUGGUUGCCAAACUGGCUGUGUUCAAAGAGACUCAAGGCUUCAAGCAAGGUGUGAGCGCAAGUGCCAGAUUAGAUGCGGUCCAGAUUCUAUGGUGGAGAAAGGCAUGGAUUGAAUAUUAAUCAAAGAAGCAUUAACUCACUUCACCAACACCUUAUCAACUAUAGUUAUCAUUGAAAUAAAUAUUCUUAACUACCUUAUCAAUAAUUUUCAAAUUUGUUCGUUGUUGUAGUAGCAUCUUUAAAAUAAACUUGUACUAUUAGUGCAAAGUUUUUUAAGAUCAAAUUUGUUCAUGUACCAUGAGGAUAAACAUGUUUUGUGAUGACUGUCCAUAAAAAAAGUUUGUAAUGUGAAUGAAUAUUGAUAUCCAUAAUUUUUUUUUGU